GAUGAUGAAUUCCUCAGCUGAUAAAACACCAUUGUUUAAAUUUAUCAUAAUUGGAGAGAGUGGUAUUAAUUAAUAAUAUUAUCGAGGUGUUGGGAAAUCUUGUCUACUAUUGAGAUAUACAAAGGAUGAAUUCGUCUCUGAAUACAAUGUCACAAUUGGUGUAGAAUUCUCUUCAAAAACAGUGGAAAUUGAUUAAAAUACAAAAAUAAAAUUACAAAUUUGGGAUACAGCUGGAUAAGAAUCAUUUAGAUCAAUAGUAAGGUCCUUUUAUAGGAAUGUUACUGCAGUAUUUUUAGUCUAUAAUAUUACAAAGUAUAAUAUAAUUUCUAUAAAAUAGACGAGAGACAUUAGAGAAAUUAGAUGGAUGGUUAAAGGAGGCAAAAGAGAAUGCUUCACCAAAUAUAGUGACAGUUUUAGUUGGUGCAUAAAAUGAUUUGGAUGAUCAGUAUAAAUUCUAUAUCAUUAUUAGACGACAAGUCUCAUAUGAUGAAGGAAAAUCAUUUAUAGAUGAGAAGGGAAUCAAUUUAUUUUUUGAGACGAGUGCCAAAAGCAAUUAAAAUGUUGAACGGGUAUUGAGUGAAUUCUAUAAUAUGCAUUCACCGAAGCAGCCAAAUUGGUUUUCUUAAACUAUAUAAAUGAAACCAUGCGUAAAAAUGACAACAAAAUAUCUAUUGCAUUAUCUGAAUCCAAUGCUAAUACAUAAUAGUAGCUAUAACCAUAAAAGAAAAAGAAAAAUGACGACUCAGGGUGUUGUUGA